UCUGUCCAACGAUGUUUUCCAGGAACCCGAAUCAUUUAUGAUCGAAAGUUUCUGUUGGAUCGUCGAAAUUCUCCCAUGGCUCAGACCCCACCCUGCCAUCUGCCCAAUAUCCCAGGAGUCACCAGCCCCAGCACCUUAAUCGAAGACUCCAAAGUAGAAGUAAACAAUUUGAACAACCUGAACAAUCAUGACAGAAAGCAUGCAGUUGGGGAUGAUGCUCAGUUUGAGAUGGACAUCUAACUGUUCUGCAAGGAUCAGAAGAAUAGCAGCAACGCUGAUACCUGUGUGUGUACCUGAUUUGGCCAAUAGGAUCAACAAUGAAAACACAGAAGAGGCAGUACCAGCAGUCCCCAUUGCAGUGCCCCCUCCUCUUCCUCUGGGUGCCAAAUGAUGCGAAGAUGAGCUUCAUCUGACUAUUUCCUCUUCCUGCUUCUGUUCCCUUUCCCACUUAGAUUAGAUUGAAGGCCCAUGGUGUAUUUCUGUAGAACUAAGCAGCCCACAAAGGAAAACAGUUGAAUUCUGGCUUUCUUAGUCAUUUUUGUAUUGAGACACCCUCCUCCCCCCAUUAAAAAAGAAAAUCCAAAAUCAGAUAUCAACCUACCAACAAUUGCUGGCUUCCAGGAGAGUCUGGGCAAGUGUUACAGAGGUUUGCUGGGUUCAGCAUUGUUCAUGUUCUUAUCCUGUGUCUCCUGCCUGUCUUCCACCCAUGGUUCAGUGCUACAACAGUCUGGUUUGGGGUCUUCAAAACCAGAGGGAAAUAAACAAGAAAAGAGCUGCUCUCUCUUGUCCCUUAAGGUGUGUGUCCCUGGGGCCAGCACAGGUUGUACAACUCUGGUAGCACUACCUGUGACACUGUUCUGAGGUCUGCUUCCCCUCCAUCCUCUGGGAGGAAUGCCUUCUGUCUUUGGUAUAAUAGUUUAUCUUUCCAUUCCUUUACUUAGCACAUGUGUGCAAGCAUUUUUAAACUCUACAUGAGGGGGUCGUCAGUAACCAGCUGUUCUUUCCUCCUCUCCUAUUCCUCCCUUCUUGCAUCAUGUUGCUUGUAGUCCUAUUGUACUCUGAGCAUCCACAUGAUUUCAGAGAUAGAGCACUUUGGAUGAGGCCUGAUCAUAGUACUUAAGCAUGAUUUUGGAAGAACCUUGGCUCAUUUGAGUCACUAGUCUUAGUUGUCAUUGUUUUUUUAAUUCAAUGAGCAUUGUAAUAUCGCAGGCUGCAGUUUUUUGUAUUUUUAAAGAUGACUUCCAGAAUGCUCUUAGAAAAACUAAAUGUUUUUCCUUUGUGGACCUGCUUUAUUUGGCUGCUGAGAUAGAUAAACAUGGGCUUCAAAAUGUGUUCCUCCCCAUUUUCUUGCUUUCCCUUUGUACUCUGAAUUUUCCCUUUCUUUCCCUUCCUCUCUCUCUCUCCUUCCUUUUCCUCUGCCAGGCCAUGUUUCAAAUAUACAUCAAAGAUACCUCAGGUGUUGGUAUCUGAUAGUAUCUGUUACUCCUCUUAUCUGAGGAGUGACCUUUUAUUUUUUAAGAUGACUACAGACCUAUUUUUAGAUAUGUUUUCAGUAAAUUCUGAACAGCAACUUUUUAAUUACAUCUUCCAGUGUUAGGAAGGUGAGAAAUGUCUGUAGGCAAGUCUGCUGUUCCAUGUCACCAUCCUUUGUCUCCUGCCGUCCCUUAGGAGCGCUCCCUUCCUCCUCCUAGUUUUGGGUGUGCAUGCUUGGCGUUUGUAGUGGGUGGGUGGUAAAGCUGGACCGUUCUGCCUUGUGGGUUGUUCAUGAAAGCCUCCUUCUUCUCCCUUACCCUUUGCUCUGUCAUUCCCUCUGCUCCCUGGCCACCCCCCUGACUACUGACUGGCACAGUAAUCCCAGGAGAGUGACUCAGUCCCUCUUAGAAAGACUAAUGCCUCUGUCCCCUCAUAGAAAGACAAGUAGCCUCUGAUAUCCUGGGAAUUUCUGGUUGGAUUUGGUGCCCUGAAUCAUCUAUUGAGAUCACAGCCCAGGGUGAGAGUAACAGGCCAGUUGGCUAAGAAAGAAAGCUGUUUGUUUUUCUUUUGAACUAUGAAAAGACCCUGUGUGCAAAUACAUCUUAGACAAAAGAGGGAGCAUGUCCAAGGAACUUUGUUCUGCUUUCUGCUAUAAAAUGUGAAUAGUUCACAAAGUGAAACCUUUUGUGAUGGUUGAUAUCUCAGGAAUAAGCUGGACCUCCAAAGUUUGGAGAUGCUUUCAGUCUCAGAAGCUGAUGAUCAGAAAAGUAUUGUUUGUUUGUUUACUGUAUCCCUGUUCCGAUUUUAAUUAAACUCCAGGUUUCGCUUUA